AUGUUUUCAGUAUUACAGAGAGGACAACAUGUGCUCAAUUUUUCGCUGACAUUGGUUGGAUUUGUGUCCGUUUUCAUCAUUGCAUCAUCUUGGUUCCAACUUUAUUCUUCAGAUGCCUUCUUGACACCAAGUACAAUUUCUAAUAUCACACCAACUGCUUCCGUGAAAUUUAGUAGAAGGUUUGGAUCUGUUGGUGGUAAACCAAAAGAAAAUUCAAAAUUGAUAUUUGAUCUUGAAUCAGAUUUAACACCAUUGUUCAAUUGGAAUACAAAACAAGUGUUUGUAUACUUGACAGCAGAAUAUCCAGGAAAAUCUAAUACCGCUUCAAAUAAGGUUGUGUAUUGGGAUAAGAUCAUUCAAUCAAAAGAUAAAGCUAAUUUGAGCAUUUCCAAUGAGCGUUCAAAAUAUUCAGUAUGGGAUGUUGAAGAAUCAUUCAGAAAUAGAGAAGCCACUGUCAAAUUGGAGUGGAAUAUCCAGCCUUAUGUGGGUCCUUUAGUCUUUGGUUCUUCAGUGGGUGAAAGUUUGGUAGUUUAUCCUGACCCAGUUAGUUCAGAACAAACAAAGAAACCAAAAAAGAAGAAACAACAACAACAACAUUGA